AUGUCAUUCAUUCAUUUUCUCUUCUUAGCGCUGGUCGCUAUUGUUUCCACAGUCUCUGCCGAGGCAGUCUUCGCCCACUUCAUCGUCGGAAACGUCAAGUCAUACACAGUUGACCACUGGAAGAAAGACAUUCGACUUGCUGCGGAUGCAGGCAUCGAUGGGUUCGUCUUGAAUAUCGCAACCCCAUGGGACGGCCCAAUCGCAGCUCAGGUCGGCAACGCUUUUCAAGCCGCAACCGACACAAGUCCAAAGUUCAAGCUGCUGUUCUCUUUCGACUACCUCGGUGGUCCAGGACCAUGGCCAUCCAACGAUGUCAUUGAGAUUCUGCAAGGCUAUGCCUCACACCCAGCUCAUUACAAACACAACAACAAGCCGCUCGUUUCGACCUUUGAAGGAGUUGCCAAUGCCAACGACUGGCCGACAAUCCGCGCCUCCGUUCCUGGCGGCAUAUCUUUCCUUCCAGACUGGACGUCCCUUGGCCCCGGGGGCUUCGCAGCUCAUCUUGACAAGGUCGACGGUGCCUUUUCCUGGGACAUGUGGCCGGAAGGGCCGAACAGCAUGUCCAUUACCAAAGACAAGGCAUGGCAAAGCACCCUUGGCUCAAAGGCUUACAUGAUGGGCGUCUCGCCCUGGUUCUUCACAAACCUUCCCGGAUACGGUAAAGCGUGGACCUGGCGCGGCGACGAUCUAUGGCAUCAGCGGUGGCAGCAGGUGCUGGAGGUCAAACCCGCCUUCGUGCAGAUCGUGACCUGGAACGAUUACGGGGAGAGUCACUACGUAGGACCGAUAUUCGAUGACGGCGUUCCUCGAGGUGGAAAUACCAAUGCUCAUCCGUACGUUGAUAACAUGCCGCAUGAUCACUGGCGGGAUAUUCUACCGUACUACAUUGCGCAGUACAAGAACGGUGGAGCCCCACCAGCAAUCUCGAACGACAAGUUGAGCUAUUGGUACCGCCUCACGCCCGCCGCGGCUGGCAGCACCAACGGUGUGACCGGCAAUAACUGCGCGUAUCAGCGUUGCUACAGCCCGAACGAAAUAGUUCAGGACAAGGUUUUUGCAACCGCGCUCGUCAAAUCCCGCGCUUCAUUGAAGAUACAGAUUGGUUCCAAUCCACCCUCCGCGUUCGAGUUGCCUGGAGCAGGUGUGCACCACUUCUCGACGCCGUUCAACGGUCGAAUUGGAACUGUCACUAUUUGGAUCGAACGAGACUCGAAGCCUGUCGUCUCCAGCACUGGCAAAGAGAUCUCGGCACGGCCUGAAAAUGGCAUUACUAACUUCAACGCUUGGGUUGGUGGAGCUAGUAACUGA